CGAACGCUGGUAUAUGACAGAUUGGGAAAGAAUGAAUGAGUUGUUCACGUAUCGUUUCGGGUACCUGAAACUGGCUCCAAUCAAACCGAAUGAUGACACUGGUGCAAAUCUUUUAUCCGGGUACGAUGAGGACGGUGCACAGUGGAACUUCAUUAGAGAUACUGAAACAAAUGCAUCAUGUCCUUGUGUCGAGAAACAAGCGAAAAUGGAUUUGGGACGUUUCAUGCCACACCCCAGAUGUUCACAGGUCUUCCGUGAUAUUAUGUGCACAACAACGAUUGGUGCGAAAAACUGCUAUAUGUCAGCACAAAAUAUCUAUGGCUCAUAUGCGGGUGAUGGAGCAAAGCAUGGCAUGGAAUAUACAGCACGAUUCCCCACUCAUUAUGGUCAGGUGUGCUGUUACGAUGAAGAGGGAAAACUCAUGCAAACCACUUAUCAACCCGUCGUUAAAAUAAUCGAUGAGACGCCUUAUAAUCCAGGAUAUCCGCUACGUGCAUAUGAAUUUGGUACUCAUCCAUAUAUGGGCCAAUUUGAGGUAUGCGUUCAUUCUGAAACAUUCGUCAGCAAAUCAUUUGAGAAUACUUCUGAAUUAUUCAUGCGAAAUGAAAUUGAGAAAUGGGCUUGCAAUUUCUGUACACAUGAUAUCAAGUUUGCAUUCGAUGAACUGUUUACGCUUCUUCUUAUCACAUUCAUCCAAAGAGAGAACUCAUUGCAGGUUCCUGGUCUAUCCACUUUUCAUCAUGACUACAUGCCGUAUUUCUUAUGUUGCAAAUUCGCUAAGUUCCGCUGUCAAUUGUUCUAUUGGCGUAGACCAAGCAGUGGAUGCCAGCAGUAUCAACCACCUGCCGUCGGAGAGGCAUUCGGAGCAGGAACGUUCAAUACGAUUGACAACGAUAAGUUUGUGUUCGAUGAACCUGGUGUUUAUACGCUUCUUCAUAUACCCAAGACGAUAAUGAACCCUGAAGUUCGUAUUCAAGUCCGACUCGAAAGAUAUCCGAAUAGAAAAGUCGAUUUCAGUUUAUUGGGUCGAUAUAUAAGCCAGGCAGAUUUGGUACAGCCGACAAAUGCCACCGUAAUAACCGGUGUUGUGGUUGAAGCGACCGGUACAGAUCGUGUGCAUGUACUGGCCAGAAAAGAUACAAGGCGUUUUCGUUACAGAACGAGUGUUAUCGUUGGAAAUAUUCUUCGAUAUUUCGAUACAAUGCGAUUACAGCGAUUCAGAGGUGUUUUGGUUUAUGUGAACAAUGUGGAGCGUGGUCAGCCGGAAGUUUACGUAGUGCUGGAAGAGGCACAAAUUGGAAUUCGAAUCCGCGAAUCGUAUGCGGUCGAUAUCGAUCGUCUGCCGAUGUACCAAGAAAGUAUGGGCAUGCUCGAUGUAACUCUUAGUGUGCCUCCUCAAUAUGGUGUGAGGCAAUCUGAAAUCUUGAAAGCAGAAGUGGAAAAAAUUGGGCAAUCCUCUCAUUUACAGCGACCUGACGGUGAUAAAACAAGAGAGCAAGAGUUG